CGAACCACGUGCAUUGAUUUACGGGGCUGUCUGAGGGGUAAAAAAAAACAAAAAUUCACAAUGCCUGACGAAGCGGCACUACAAAAGCUGGCCUUGAAGCUGUUCGAGAUCGAUGCGUUCAAAUUCGGUGACUUUAAGAUGAAGGUUGGAAUAAAUUCGCCGGUCUACUUUGAUCUGCGUGUGGUGGUGAGUCAUCCGGAUGUCAUGGACACACUGGCGGAUCUGCUGACGGAGUUUAUCGCCGAAAAGAAGCUGGACACGGCGGGUGUCCACUUGUGUGGCGUUCCGUACACCGCGCUGCCGAUUGCUACGCUCAUUUCAAUUAAGGGCAAUAAACCGAUGCUGAUACGCCGCAAGGAGGCGAAAAAGUACGGCACGAAAAAGCUGAUCGAGGGCAAAUUUAACGCCGGCGACAAGUGUCUCAUCAUCGAGGAUGUCGUUACGUCCGGUUCGAGUAUUUUGGAAACGGUGGACGAUCUCCGGUCGGAGGGACUGAUCGUGACCGAUGCGAUCGUUGUGGUGGAUCGCGAACAGGGAGGCGUGCAGAACACGGAGGAAAAGGGCGUUCGAAUGCAUUCCCUGUUCACGCUUUCCUAUUUGCUGAAGGUGGUGUUGGAAGCGAAGCUCAUCGAAGAGGGAACGGUAAAGGCGGUGGGCAAGUACAUCGCUGCGUGCCAGAUCCGGAGCGAUGGUUCGUUCAUGCACGGCAACGGCACCAAGGUGAUAAACGAGCUGAGCCGUGUCCGUAUGACGUUCGAAGCGAGAGCCGAUCUAGCCAAGUGUCCGCUAGCGAAGAAGCUGCUGCGGCUGAUUGCCGCCAAGAAGACGACUCUCUGUCUGGCGGCCGAUCUAACCACAACCGAGGCCAUACUGAAUUUAGCCGAAGCUGCCGGACCAUACAUCUGUGUGCUGAAAACGCACGUCGACAUCGUGAGCGAUUUCAGCAUCCAGUUCGCCCACUCGCUGCAAUUGCUGGCCAAGAAGCACAACUUUUUACUGUUGGAGGAUCGAAAGUUUGCCGAUAUUGGCAAUACGGUCGCGCAGCAGUACGCCGGCGGGUUGCAUCAAAUCGCUGAUUGGGCCGAUCUGGUGACGGUACACUCGUUGCCGGGCCAGGGAGUGCUGAAGGGACUUAAAUCGGUGAUCGGUGAACGGCCGGCCGAUUCGCUUCGGGGUGUCUUUCUGCUCGCCGAAAUGAGCACUGAAGGCGCACUGACCGAUGAAAAGUAUUCGGCCGCCACGAUGAAGAUCGCCACCGAAAUGGACACGGACUUUGUGGCAGGCAUCGUGUGUCAGAGCAAGGAUUUGGUCGCUUCGCCCGGCCUUCUGCAGUUAACACCGGGCAUCAAACUAGAGGAGGGUGUCGAUGAGCUUGGCCAGCUGUACGACAGCCCCGAUCGAGUGGUGAAAGAGCGGGGCGCCGACAUUUGUGUCGUCGGCCGUGGAAUCCUAAACUCCAAAUCGCCGGCCGAAACCGCACGCAUCUACCGCGAUCGACUGUGGCAAGCGUACAUCGAGCGGAUCGCCGGCGACACGAACGGUACCAGCGCGAACUAAGCGCGGAACAGACCAAUCAAUUCUACGACAUUCUUCCAUCCCAUUCCAAGCGACCACCGAGGAACAGAAAACUAUACAGAAUCCCCCGACUCGGCCGGAAAAGCACAACGCAACGACGAAUCUUUAAGAAAAGGAUCAAAUUUAUUUUGUACCAGAUUGUGAUUAAAUUCAA